GCUGGGGGUGGGUGGAUUGACAAGGAUAGAUUGCCCAGAGGGGGACAGAGAGAAAGAGACCGGUAGGCCAAAAGUGCCCGACGGUGACAGAGAGAAAUAGACGAGUAGAACCCAGAUGAAGGCUCCGAGAACGCGGAGAGAUUAAAUGUAAAAAUCGUCGCGGUCCAGGGGUGGAGAUGUGUUGAAAGUGGUGUUUCUUUGUGUGUAUAUAUAUGGUGCAGUGCGGUGCUGGUGCUCAGAGAGAGAGAGAGAGAGAGAGAGAGUAUGGCGUGGUCGGAUUUCGCGUGCACCUCGCCGUGACGUGGAAAGUCGGCACUGAAAAGCGUUGGGCGCUAAACUGAGGAAUGGAGGGAACGUGGCAGUGGGAGCAGCGAAAGCACUGCCAUAUCAUUCUGCUCAACCCUUUGUCGUACGUAAAGGAGAACCCGGAACAGACUGCAGAUGAACGAAAGCGGUUACAAGGUAGUGCCUGCAAGGAAGAAGACACCCUGAAGAAGAGGAGUCGCGUGCCGGGUCUGUAGCGCUCGGUAAAAAACGAAAGGGCCCCCCGAGCAUCAUCGAGAACGGAAAGGGGUCGUCAUGGGCCCGGCACACCAAAUCGUAGCCCACUGAGCGAUGCAAGUAGUUAGGGCCGGGGCCCUGCUAGUGAGCAUGUGGCUCACUAGAGAAUGAAGAAACAAAACGUCCGGACCCUAUCGUUGAUCGUCUUCACGUUCACCUACCUCCUCGUCGGCGCUGCAAUCUUCGACGUUCUCGAGUCCGAGACGGAGAAACGACGCAAGGAAGCAUUGGACGCCAUUGAAAAGAUGGUUAUACGCAAAUACAAUAUAAGCGAGGACGACUUCAAGAUCAUGGAAACAGUGGUGCUGAAGACGGAACCUCACAAAGCCGGUCAACAGUGGAAAUUCGCCGGAGCGUUUUAUUAUGCGACUACGGUCCUCACGACCAUUGGUUACGGACAUUCGACGCCGAACACCAUAAGCGGUAAGCUGUUCACGAUGUUCUACGCGAUCGUCGGAAUCCCGUUAGGACUCGUAAUGUUCCAGAGCAUAGGAGAGCGUCUGAAUAAAUUCUCGUCCGUCGUAAUACGGAACGUAAAGCAGCUUCUUAACUGUAAGGAUGUGCAGGCCUCAGAAAUAAAUCUUAUCUGCGUGGUGACGACCUUAUCUUGCUUAACAAUUGCGGGAGGUGCCGCAGCGUUCUCUAGGUACGAAGGGUGGUCGUAUUUCGAUUCCAUCUACUAUUGUUUCAUCACCCUGACGACGAUUGGCUUCGGCGACAUGGUCGCGCUGCAAAAGGAUAACGCGCUGGACAAUAAACCCGAGUACGUCAUGUUCGCCCUGAUAUUCAUUCUGUUCGGCUUGGCCAUCGUCGCCGCCUCCCUUAAUUUAUUGGUGCUGAGAUUUGUCACCAUGAACACGGAGGACGAAAGGCGAGACGAGGCUGAAGCUCUACAGGCUGCGCAAGGAGCCGUGCGCCUGGAGGGCGACGUAAUAACGGCGAACGGCUCGAUACUGUCGGGCCAAGUAGGCAACCACGGUGACACGAUAUCGUUGGACGACGACACGUCGGUCUGCAGCUGCCGCUGCAGCGGAUUCCAGAAGAAACGACGGAGACCGCGGUUCACGGUCCGUCGCUCGCCCGGUAAGAUCUCGCACCUGCUGCCGAUGCAGCAGCUGCCGACGUUGAAUAUGCGCAGUGAGCUGCACCCGCCGCCGCUGACGCCGUUGCUGCAACUGCCGCCGUUGUACCAGCAUCGUGCCAGCAUCUGACGAUCGUCUACCAUCGUUACGAUGCCGCAAUGUGAACUGCCGCGACGGGUGUCCGUCUAAGGCGCUUUUUUUUUUGAAGCACACACACACAUACGAAAAAAAUUGAAUAAAAGUAAAAAAUAAAAAUGGACAGAGAGAGAGAGAGAGAGAGAGAGAGAGAGAGAGAGAGAGAGAGAGAAAGAGAGAGAAAGGAAGCUCUUUUGCUGGCGACCACUUCAACGAAUUUAACCCUCGAAAUCGCUCUCCACCGCCUCUCUCCACGACCGCGAUCAACCGUUCUCUAGAGCGCGAAACCUCCACCGGAAACCCCUCUAAACCCGGAGGAAUUCCCAUGCGCGAAUACCGUCGAGAACAUUAUCGCCAAUUACGCUUUCUCGCGAGUCGAGUGGCCAGUCUGGUACUUUGUAAUCAAAUUUUUUUUUUUUUUUUUUUUUUUUUUUUAAUGAGGUGGGAGCGGUCGAUGUUGGAAUUAGUUUGUGUUUAACUCGAGUAACUGCGCGACCACUGCUGUUGGAAUAUUGCUGUUCGAAUAUCAGUUUUUAAAUAUUCCUCUUCGAAUAUCGUUUUCUGAAUAUUAUUAUUAAAUAAUAGAAAUUGAAUGACGAAAUUCUUUUUCCAUCAAAAUUAGGAAAAUGCUUUUAAAAAAAUAUAGACAUUCGGUUUAAAGUCAAACAAUAAAAUUCAAUAUUUUUAUUUGAACUUACCAG